AUGCUGGGGAAUGCUUUGGAUCGUUAUCAGUCAGUGGGUCCUCGUGAUGUUGCUUUAUCUAACAAAUUUCAGUUUCUCAGGAAUUUAGUUCGGAAUUGGAAGGUUAGACAGGAUGCCGCUGAAGGAGAAGAGUUAAGCACGCUGAAGGUGGAGUUAGAGAGGCUUGAAGCUACUAUGGAACACAAAGAUCUGGUUGAGGAAGAGGAAUGGGUCUGGGCUGAGUGUAAAAAAGGGUUGGGAGAGUUGGAACUACAUAGAUUGAAAGACUUGAAGCAGCGGUCUCGUGUUCGUUGGGCUAUGCAUGGGGAUGACAACACAGCUUAUUUUCAUGGUGUGAUUAAUGGUAGGAAGGCUGUUAAUGCUAUUCAGGGGAUUUUGGUGGAUGGUGUUUGGGUUUCUAAGCCUAGCUUAGUUAAACGGGAGAUUCUUAAGUUCUUCAGGGAGCAUUUCUCAGAAGCCCUUCGUGUUAGACCUACUCUUCGUUGUGAUAACAUUAAUAAGGUUCCUUUAGAGCUUGUAGACGAGCUUAUUCAGCCUUUCUCUAAGGAGGACAUAAAGGAGGCGGUGUUUGCAUGUGGUGCAGAUAAAGCUCCUGGACCCGAUGGGUUUAAUUUUAAUUUUAUUCGCAGGUUUUGGAGCUUUUUUGAAGAGGAUUUUUUUGGUAUUUUGUAG